ACAUGCUCCGUCUGGCCCUGUGAAGCCUCACUCACCCAUUGAGAUUUCUGUUGGUUUAAAGCAGCAUUCUGGUAGCUGAAGAUCCGUGACCUGGAGUGAUUUCCUAGCCCAGAUCCAAGAGCCCUGAUGCUUUUUUUCCAUUCUGAUGGUGAAUGAUGAGACAGGCAACCAUGGAUUUCAGCACCCCAUCUGUGUUUGAUCAACAAAAAGGUGACUCAUCUGAGGAAGUUGACCUGACCAUGGUUUAUCAGGCUGCAUCUAAUGGAGAUGUCAAUGCUCUGACUGCGGUGAUUCGGGAAGACCCUUCAAUUCUAGAGUGCUGUGACAGUGAAGGGUGCACGCCCUUGAUGCAUGCGGUUUCUGGACGUCAAGUGGACACAGUGAAGCUGCUGUUGAAGAUGGGAGCCAAUAUCAACAUGCAGGACACUUAUGGCCGCACAAGUUUAUGCCUGGCAACCUACUUGGGUUGGCUUGAAGGCUGUGUGAGUCUACUCAGAAAUGGUGCCAAGCAUAAUAUUCCUGAUAAAAAUGGUCGUCUGCCAUUGCAUGCUGCCACUGCUGAGCCCGAUGUGAGACUCCUAACAGUCCUGCUGCAACAGUCAAACUUCAGUGAGAUUAAUCACCAGGACAAUGAGGGAAUGACACCACUCCACUGGGCAGCUUUCCACAACCAACCUCAACACACGCAAAUGCUGCUGAAGAAGGGGGCAGACCCCACUCUUGUGGAUAAAGACUUUAAAACAGCUCUCCACUGGGCAGUUCAGAGUGGAAAUAGAAUUCUGUGUUCCAUCAUCCUGAGCCACCACCAAGGUCCUUCUAUUAUCAACUAUGACGAUGAGAGCGGGAAGACCUGUGUUCACAUUGCUGCAGCAGCAGGUUUUGGGGACAUCAUUCACGAACUGGCCAGAGUCCCUGAGUGUAACCUGCAGGCUCUGGAUGUUGAUGACAGGACACCACUGCACUGGGCUGCAGCUGCAGGGAAGGCCGACUGUGUCCAGUCACUAUUAGAAUUGGGCAUGGAUAGCAACCUGCGAGACAUCAAUGAGAGCACGCCCCUAGCCUAUGCCCUCUACUGUGGCCAUACUGCCUGUGUCAAACUCCUCUCCCAAGAGAGCAGAACAGAGCCUACUCAACCCCUUCCUUUCCAGAACAGUAGACCCCAGAAGAAAGAGGGACGGUUCAACAAGCUCAACCAAAUCUUCUGCAAAAAUAAGAAAGAACAACAGAUGGCCUAUCAGAAGGCUCACAGCAGGGACCAAUACAGGGGGGAGGACACCUCGGAAGUUGAUGACAUCAUCACCACCUUUGACAGCAUUGGGGAUACCAACUGCCAAGAACAGCCUGAUGACCAGGUGGCUAUGGUUGAAUUUAAGAAGAGGACCUCAGAGAAUUCAAAAUAUCUCUUGCCAGAAAAGAAGCCUCUGGCCCAUAGGGGCCUUCCACCAAUCAGAACACAAAGUCUCCCACCCAUCACCUUGGGCAAUAACUUCCUGACAGCCUCCCAUGGGGCUACUUCCCAUGUUGGGCUAAGCUCUGGUCCUAAUCAUAUGGCCCAGAGAUCUCAGAAAAGUAGAAGCGAGCAGGAUUUAUUAAAUAACAGAACUAGCUGCCAGACAUUGCUAGAGAACCCCUGGAAGGGUGAUUCUCAUCAGGUAUUCUCCUACAAACCUUGGACUAUGUUUUCUUCUGAUAAGUUACAAGACAGACUGCUCACCGGCAGAUCUGGUCACCAGGAGGCCUCAGGACUGGUACAUCUUCCUCAUCUACAUAAUCCUUCCUCAGGACAAAACCUUCAGCAUCUCUCCCCAAACAGACCCAAAAUCAGGGAUCUUCCUUUCACACGGAACAACCUAGCUCCCCUACCCGACCAGAAAUUUCUAUCUGGAGAACCACUACGCACAAACCGAGUGCUUCCUGCUAUCCGAAGCCAACAAGGACACAGUACAGCAGCUGAAGAGGGUGAAAAAUCUGCUAGUGCCAACAAUGAUGAAAAUUAACUGUGGGCUGUUGACUGCCAGAAUACAGAUUAGAUAGAUUUUCAACUCUCAAAGGGUGAGAUCACUCCAGUUUGUCAGAACAAAGACUAAUUUAAUAAAGUGCAUUCUAUAAGCCAUUCCCAGUUUUGUAACUCGAAAUUCUUUGUCCCAAAUAAAGACACUUCCCAAAU